AUGAGCAGUUACAGGCAUUUCAUUCUCCCAGCCCGGGCCCCACCGACAGCCAGCCUUGGUCCCACUGACAGCCAGCCCGGGCCCCACCGACAGCCAGCCUUGGUCCCACUGACAGCCAGCCCGGGCCCCACCGACAGCCAGCCCGGGCCCCACCGACAGCCAGCCUUGGCCCCAACGACAGCCAGCCCGGGCCCCACCGACAGCCAGCCCGGGCCCCACCGACAGCCAGCCCGGGCCCCACCGACAGCCAGCCCGGGCCCCACCGACAGCCAGCCCGGGCCCCCACCGACAGCCAGCCUUGGUCCCACUGACAGCCAGCCCGGGCCCCACCGACAGCCAGCCCGGGCCCCACCGACAGCCAGCCUUGGCCCCACCGACAGCCAGCCUUGGCCCCAACGACAGCCAGGCCGGGAUCAACAACAGCCAGCCCGGGAUCAACAACAGCCACCACGGCCCCACCGACAGCCAGCCCGGGACCCACCGACAGCCAGCACAGCCCCACUGACAGCCAGCCCGGGACCCACCGACAUACAGCCAGGGACCCACCGACAGCCAGCCUUGGCCCCAACGACAGCCAGCCCGGGAUCAACAACAGCCAGCACGGCCCCACCGACAGCCAGCCCGGGACCCACCGACAGCCAGCCCGGGACCCAACGACAGCCAGCCUUGGCCCCACCGACAGCCAGCCCGGGACCCACCGACAGCCAGCCAGGGACCCACCGACAGCCAGCCCGGGGCCCACCGACAGCCAGCCUUGGCCCCACCGACAGCCAGCCCGGGCCCCACCGACAGCCAGCCCGGGCCCCACCGACAGCCAGCCCGGGCCCCACCGACAGCCAGCCCGGGACCCACCGACAGCCAGGCAGGCCAUUCCAACAGAAUAUCAUGAAUCUCAUCUAU